GAAACAGUUCAAUCCUACCAUCUCGUCAGUACGGAGCAAACAUGCCCUGGACGAACCCUAACCCUUCUCCCAUCUGUCCAACCUGCUCUAGGUCGGUGUUCCCAGCGGAGGCGUACAUGGCGUCGGACAGACGUCCUCAUCACAAACAAUGCGUCAAAUGCGUUCACUGCAGUAAACGUCUCUCUGCGUCUACACUGAAUGAGCAUGCAGGGAAACUGUAUUGUAAUCUUUGUUAUACAAACAUGUUCAUGCCACAGGAAAAUAAUAUUGAGGAGCGGGUUGUGAUGCAAGUUCUCCCGGUGGGAGGAAUAUACACAGCCCUGGAGGAGGAGAAGAGGAGGGCGGAGGAGGAGAGGAGAAGGAAGGAGAUGGAGGAGAGAGCAAGAAAGGAAGGAGGAUGUCCGUCCUGUUGUACAAUGACGACCGAGGAUGAUUCUGUAGCUCUCUCCGGGGUUCGAUAUCAUAAGAAGUGUCUCCGAUGCUCUCGGUGCUCCAAGCCUGAAGACGAAUCCGUCCCUAUGCUUCUAGGACCUAAAGACACAACCAAUGUUUUCGGAGAGGAGGAGUUAGAACCAUACUGUAACUUUUGCUUUGCUAAAAAAUUCAAAAUGUCGGCCAUAAAGAUUGCAGAAACUGUAGCUAUUGAUACAGGUUAUAGUCUAUAGGCACGGGAUUCAUGAAUAUGAUAUAGUAUACAGUCUGAAUAUAUCCAUGUAUACUUAGUAUAGAGACUACUCUUUUAUACAAGGAUACAGACUACCCCUUGCAUACAAGCAUAUACAGACUACUCCUGUAUACAAGGAUACAGACUACUUCUGUAUACCAGCAUACAGACUAUUCCUGUAUACUAGGAUAAAGACUACUCCUGUAUACAAGGAAAAAGACUACUCCUGUCUGUAUACAAGGAUACAUACUACUCCUGUAUCCUUGUAUACAUACUACUCCUGCAUACAAGGAUACAGACUAAUCCUGUCUACUACGAUAAAGACUAAUCCUGUAUAUAAGAAUACAGUCUACUCCCGUAUGAAAGGAUACAGACUACUCCUUUCUGUUUACUAGGAUACAGAGUACUUCUGUAUACAAGGAAACAGACUACUACUUUAUACAAGGAUACAGGGUUCUUCUGUAUACAAGGAUUCAGACUACUCCUGUAUACAAGGAUACAGGCUACUCCUGUAUAAAAGGAUACAGACUACUCAUCCUGUAUACAAGGAUACAGACUACUCCAGUAUAAAAGGAUACAGACUACUCCUGUAUACAAGGAUACAGACUACUCCUGUAUAAAAGGAUAAAGACUACUCCUGUAUACAAGGAUACAGACUACUUCUGUAUACAAGGAUACAGAUUACUCCUGUAUACGAGGAUACAGACUACUCCUGUAUAUAAGGAUAGAGACUACUUCUGCAUAUGAGGAUACAGACUACUCAUGUAUACAAGGAUACAGACUACUUCUGUAUACAAAGAUAGAGACUACUUCUGCAUAUAAGGAUACAGGCUACUCUUGUGUCCAAGGAUAAAGUUUGCUCCACUCUGUUCCUCGAUGUAUUAUAUUCCUAAGAAUCUGGCAGCUGCCUACAACAUGUAAACUGUAAAGAUCAUGAAAGUCUCAUAUAAUUCUUAUCUUUAUUCGUCCAUGUAAUGUUUAUUUUCAUAAAAAUUGUCACACGUCAUACCUUAAAUAUAUUUAUAUACCAUA